UUGGAGCUGUCUAUUUUUCAGCUGUGAAAUUAUAAGAAUUUAAAUGUGGUGCAUAUCUCUUGGCAACGGCCCAAGACACAUUCCUAUGUAGGGUAUUUUUCCAGGAUUUUGUACACAGCUGGGCACAUUGAGGGGCUUCCUGUGUGGGAAGAACAUUCCUGAACUCCAGGACAACGUGAUAGAUGUGUGGAUCUCUUAGUAACGGAGCCAAAGCCCACCCGAGGAUGYAGGGGGCUCGGUUGGCUCUCUAUAUAACCUUAUUCUGCUUUAGGGGUCACACACUCGGUGUGCUUUUUGGAGGAGAAGAGGGAGAUCCAUAUAGGAGUAGCAGUAGCUGGCAACGAUGGUAUCUUUGGGGUUGCAGAUUCUGGGCGUCGGGCUGGCGGUGCUGGGCUGGGUGGGGAACAGCAUCUGCAUCCUCCCCAUGUGGAAAGUCUCGGCCUUCAUCGGAAACAACAUUGUGGUGGCGCAGACCAUCUGGGAGGCUCUGUGGAUGACGUGCGUGGUGCAGAGCAUAGGCCAUAUGCAGUGUAAGGUCAACGACUCACCCCUCUCCUUGCCUCCGGACCUCCAAGCCGCCCGGGCCAUGGUAGUCAUCGCCGUCCUCUUGGCCCUGUUCGUGCUCCUYCUCUCGGUUGUCAGGGGGAAAUGCACCACCUGCGUCGGGGACCAGUCGGCCAAGGCCCGGGUGGCCAUCACUGCCGGGGUGUUCUUCCUUGUGGCUGGGGCGCUGGGGCGCUCAACAACUCCCUGGUACCCGACUCACAGAGGAGAGAGCUGGGCGCGUCCCUGUACGUCGGCUGGGGCGCGUCAGGACCGCUCCUGAUUGGGGGCGCGCUCCUUUGCUGUCAGUGCCGGUCGAGGGGAGAUCUCUAUAAUGGAGCG